GACACGGAUGGCGACAACGUGGCCGACGAGGACGCGAACGGCGACCCGGUGGACAACUGUCCGCUGACGGCCAACGCGGGGCAGGCGGACCUGGACGGCGACGGGUGCGGCGACGCGUGCGAGGGCUCGACGGAGGGUGCGUGCACGGGCGUGAACGACCGCGACGGCGACGGCGUGACGGACGACGUGGACGAGUGUCUGACGACGCCGGUGAACGACGUGACGAACGUGGUGACGGCGGCGGAGGCGGGCGUGCCGGCGUCGCAGGUGUUUAUCGGGUGCCCGGACACGGACAGGGACGGUGUGUCUGACAACAAGGCGGCGGGCGGUGUCGAGACGGGCACGGCGAACGACAACUGUCCGGCGGCGAGCAACCCGACGCAGGCGGACCUGGACGGCGACGGCGAGGGCGACGCGUGCGACAGCGAUGUCGACGGCGACGGCGUGGCGAACGCGGACGACACGUGCCCGGACGGGCCG